GAAGGCAGAGGAAGGCGGCGAGCAGGGGGCCGGGGGGCAGCCCGGGCUGGAACCGGGGGGCAUCGCAGCGCCGGCGCCAGGAGGGGUUGGCUGGAGCUGGGGGGUCCCCAGACUGUGUCCUCUUGUGUGUGUCCCCCUCCCCGCAGAGAGGGCGAGGCCAUGGCCAUGCUGCUGGAGCCCGGGAUGCAGAGCCUGCGGAUGGGUGCCAACGGUGAGCAGUGCCCCACACCGUCCCCUCCUGGCUCCCCGGGGACGUCCCAUGAGAGCUGCAGCAUCGCCCCACUGACACCCUCCCAGUCCCCGAGGAGCGAGGUUCGCUCCCAGCCCUCCGCCUCCUUUGCCGUGGUCGUGGCCAUCGACUUCGGCACCACCUCCAGCGGCUACGCCUUCAGCUUCACCAGCGACCCCGAGGCCAUCCACAUGAUGAGGAAAUGGGAAGGAGGAGACCCGGGGGUGGCCAACCAGAAGACCCCCACCAGCCUCCUGCUGACACCCGAUGGAGCCUUCCACAGCUUUGGCUACACUGCCCGGGAUUACUACCACGACCUGGACCCUGAGGAUGCCCGUGACUGGCUCUACUUUGAGAAGUUUAAGAUGAAGAUUCACAGCACCAGUGAUCUCACCAUGAAAACUGAACUGGAAGCUGUCAAUGGGAAGAAGCUGCAGGCACUGGAGGUGUUUGCCCAUGCACUCCGCUUCUUCAAGCAGCAUGCGGUGCAGGAGCUGAGGGAGCAGUGCCCGUCCCUGCCGGAGCGCGAUGCCAUCCGCUGGGUGAUCACCGUGCCUGCCAUCUGGAAGCAGCCGGCCAAGCAGUUCAUGCGGGAGGCUGCCUACAAGGCCGGGUUGGUGUCCCCGGAGCAGCCGGAGCAGCUGCUGAUCGCGCUGGAGCCCGAAGCCGCCUCCAUUUACUGCAGGAAACUUCGGCUCCACCAACUCAUCGACCUGAGCUGCACCAGCCCCGGCCAGGGGCUGGGGACAGAGCCCCCCAUCGACUCCAGCUUUCGGCAGGCCCGGGAGCAGCUCCGGAGGUCCCGCCACAGCCGAACCUUCCUGGUGGAGUCGGGGGUGGGGGAGCUUUGGUCGGAGAUGCAGGCAGGUGACCGCUACAUCGUGGCAGACUGCGGGGGGGGCACGGUGGACCUGACCGUGCACCAGAUCGAGAAACCACAGGGGACCCUGAAGGAGCUGUACAAAGCCUCAGGGGGUCCCUACGGGGCAGUGGGGGUGGACUUGGCCUUCGAGAAGCUGCUGUGCCACAUUUUCGGGGAGGAUUUCAUCAGCACCUUCAAGGCCAAGCGCCCGGCAGCCUGGGUGGACCUGACCAUCGCCUUCGAGGCUCGCAAGCGGGCAGCUGCCCCCUCCCGUGCCAGCCCCCUCAACAUCUCCCUCCCCUUCUCCUUUGUCGACUUUUACCGCAAGCACCGGGGCCAGAACGUUGAGACGGCCCUCAAGAAGAGCAAAUCAAGGGGGGAGAGGGAAAGGGAGAGGGGAGGUGAGGGGGUCUCUGCUCUCGGGGCUGUUGUCGGGGGAGGGUUGGUGGCCCCAGAGCUCCUGUCCCUCCCCCAGUGUCAACUUGUGAAGUGGUCGUCAGGGAUGCUGCGGCUGUCCUCGGAGGCCAUGAGCGAGCUCUUCCAGCCCACCAUCACCCAGAUCAUCCAGCACAUCGACGAUCUCCUGAAGAAGCCGGAGGUUCCAAGGCAUCAGUUCCUCUUCCUGGUGGGGGGGGUUCGCCGAGUCGGCCAUGCUGCAGCGCGCCGUCAGGAAGCCUUCGGCCUCUCCUGCCGCGUCAUCAUCCCCCAGGACGUGGGGCUGACCAUCCUCAAGGGCGCCGUGCUCUUCGCUCGACCCACCAUCGUCCGCGUCCGCCGCUCCCCCCUGACUACGGUGGGGGUCCUCAACAAGUUCGUGAAGGGAAGCACCCCGCGGGAGAAGCUGCUGGUGAAGGGAGGGGAAGAGCUGGUGCCCGACAUCUUCGAGAAGUUCGUCUCCGUGGACCAGUCGGUGGCCCUGGGAGUGGUGCAGCGCAGCUUACUGCCCUGCGCGCCCGGGCAAGCGAAAACCAUCAUCAACAUCUACUGCUGCCUCCUCCGACGAGGUGGUCUACUCACCGACCCGGCGUGCGCAAGUGGCGGAACCAUCAGCCUGGAGCUGGAAGGGGGGGCGGGGGGGACGCCCGCGGCCCGCCGCGAGAUCCGCGCCAGCAUGCAGUUUGGGGACACGGAGAUCAAGGUGACAGCCAUGGACACCCGCACCUCCAAGACGGUCCGAGCCACCAUCGAUUUCCUCUCCAACUGAGACCUUCCCUCCCCGCGGGGGUGGGGAACCCCCCCAGGACCCGUUCCGGACACCCCGCUCCCACCCGCCCCCCAUCCCGCACCAUGAGGAGCCAGCAGAGGGGGACAAGUGGCCACCCAAAUCCCAUUGCCACCCUGCUGGUGGCCCCCCUACUUCUUAUGGGACACCCCAUAUGAGCAAGGAUGCUCCUCACCUGCUGCCCCCCCCAUGGAAACGGGUCGGUGGUCCUACUGCAAUAAAGGGGGACCGACCACCCCCUCCCACCAUGGCCUCCUGGGGGCAGGGGGCCUCAGGCUGCCCCCCAAGUGUGGGCAAGGACCACCCCGGAAGCCUGCAGCCCCCUGGGUAUCCUUGUCCCCCCCCAGGGCUCUCCUUGUCACCCCGGGCUCUUCCCCCGGGUGUUCCCCAUGUGCCAUUGUGUCCCCUAAGUGUCCUUGUCCCCCCUGGGUGUUCCUUGUCCCCCCAAGGCUGUCCUUGUGCCCCCCCUGGGGCUGUCCCUGUCCAUACCCCCCCC